AUGAAUAAAUGUAAGAGAUGUGGAAACUCGGUUACUACUGGACCGAAAUGUAUUAUUUGUGGUGUAAUGUCCCACAAUAGCUGUUUAAAAAUGCUAAAGAACACCAUUAUCAUAGAUAGCAAGACUUCGAAUUGUUGUAAUAUGGACCCAGUUGAAGAACCUAUUAUUAGUUUGGAAAAUUCAUCAGAAAAUGAAUCUGUUGAUAAGAUCAAAAUUAAAUAUUUAGAGCAAAUUAUUAAACAGAACGAUUUAGUAAUUGAAAAUCAAAAGAUUGCAAUAUGUGCUCUUCAGGAACAAAUAAAUUAUCUAAAAUGUUCGAAUAGUUUUGAUCCCAAAAGUCAAAUUCCUGCUGUUACAACCCUUCAACCCCCUGCUAAUAAUCCAAACUCAAAUAGUAAAAAUAUGGCUAAAAUAUCUACUCAUGCAGUAUCACUAGCUGUACACAACGCUCAAUGUCACGCCAUAUGCGAUAGAUAUGUGAAUCAGCACACAAACUCGCUACAAUCUGAAGCUGAUAAUGUCAACAAUUAUUAUACUUCUGGCAGAAGUGGAAGGAGAAACAGAAAUUUGAUCACAGGUAGUGGAAUUACGACCAACUGUUCUUUGAAAGCAGCUAUCCGUACCGUUUACAAACACCUACACGUUACCAAUAUGGAUCCGGCGACCUCUGAACAAGAAUUGCUAACGUACUUAAAAGGUGUUGUACCGUCAAUCAGGGUGGAAAAACUGAAUUCACGCUUUCCAGAUGAUUACGCUUCCUUUAAAGUAUCGGCACCUAUCAAUGAUCAUCAUCAACUAUUAGUACCAGAAAUAUGGCCAGAAAAAGUCAUGAUAAAUGAAUUUGCUACGUCACCAAGGUUUCGCCAACAGACAAAUAAUAUGAACAAUAAUUUUCGUCCCUAA